CUUUAAAAAGCAGUUAUCUUCCUAUUGGAUAUACUCCGUGAUCGCUGUGCACCAAUAAAAACCACGACUGUACAGAGAGAUCUACUCCCUCCCCCAUCUUCAGCAUCCUAACCCUUACAAUGCCCAGAGCUUGGAGAGACGGAACUGCGCUCACACGCAGACAGCUGAUCAAAAGGAAUUCAAUGGAUCUUAUAAUUAAAUCUAAUAUUUUAAUGAUUUUUAUCAUUUGAUUUGCUCUGCUAUGCAUUUCGAAAUCAAACCUUUGCGUGAAUUUCUAGCGGAUCUACACUAGAAAUGAGGACCUGGACGUGGAAACAGAUCUGGGAAUGGAUGGCGCUGUGUAUUUUUUUCUUUCUCUUGUGGAAUACAAUAGACGCACAGAUUCGUUACACUGUUCCCGAGGAGCGGAGCCUGGGUUCCGUUGUUGGGAAUAUAGCUAAAGAUCUGGGUUUGAGAAUAGCUGAGAUUUCUGACCGCAAGCUGCGGAUCGCCUCUGAGGCUGGUAAGCAGUAUUUCAGCUUGGAUUUGGGAAAGGGGGAGCUUACUGUCAGCGAUAGAAUCGACAGAGAGAGUCUGUGCGGACAAAGCAACGUGUGCUUAUUGCCUUUACAGUUAGUGGUUGAGGCCCCCCUAGAAUUUUUCCGUGUGGAAAUUGAAAUUCAGGACAUAAAUGACAAUUCUCCCCGCUUCCCUACACAACAGCGCACUUUAAAAAUCGCAGAAUCAACGUCAACCGGGGUACGGUUCCCAUUGGAGAGCGCGCUGGAUCCCGAUGUAGGUAGUAAUUCUCUGAAAUAUUACAUGCUUAAUAAAGAUGAAUGCUUCAGCGUCAAAGUAAAAAAUCUCGACGAUGGGCGAAAGGUUCCCGAGUUAGUUUUAGAGAAGUCUCUUGAUCGCGAAAAGCAGGAUGUCCAUCAGUUAUUACUGACUGCUACAGACGGUGGGAAUCCGGCGCAAUCGGGAACUACACAAAUCACAAUUAUCGUGCUUGAUAUUAACGACAAUAUUCCUGUUUUUGAAAACGCAUUGUACAAAAUCACUAUAAAUGAGAACAGUUCAAAAGAUACUUCACUAAUCCGACUUAAAGCAACGGACUUGGAUGAGGGUCUAAAUGGAGAAGUAAAUUAUUACUUUGGUGAGCAUACAUCGGAAACGGAUAGUUCAACGUUUAUGAUUGACCAGAGAACUGGUGAAAUAUUUUUGAAGGGAGAGCUUGACUAUGAAACCACUCCCAGGUAUAGAAUCGACGUUGUCGCUAAAGACAGAGGUACUCCAGAGAUGGAGGGACAUUGUAGCGUGGAAAUGGAAGUAGUGGAUGUGAACGACAACGCUCCCGAAAUUGUGCUCACUUCCCUCCCAAGCCCAGUUCGCGAGGACGCGCCGAAUGGUACUGUAGUGGCGCUGAUCAGUGCGCGAGACCUUGACGCUGGCGACAAUGGGAAGGUGACUCUGGUCGUUUCGCUUGGCUUUCCUUUUAUUUUGAAACCAUCGUUUUCUGAUCAUUAUGCGCUGGUUACUAAUGGUAUUUUAGACCGAGAGACUUUCUCAGAGUAUAAUAUCGAAAUAACAGCAAGUGAUGCAGGUUCGCCUUCCCUUACCACCAAAAAAAUAAUACCGGUUAAUAUUCUUGAUAUCAACGAUAACCCACCCAGUUUUACAGACUUAUCCUAUAAUGUGUAUCUGACUGAGAAUAACGCACCGGGCUCUAUACUGGGUACAAUAUCUGCUUCGGAUCCGGAUUUAGGAGACAAUGCUAAGAUCUCCUACUCUAUCUUAGACUCCAAAGCGGGGGAUAUGUCUGUUUCUUCAUAUGUUUACAUUAAUGCGGAAAACGGCAGCAUCUACAGCAUGCAAUCUUUUGACUAUGAGAAAGUGAAGGUAUUUCAGGUCCAGGUACAGGCGAAAGACCAAGGCUCCCCAUCUCUGAACAGUACUACCACUGUUCAUGUCUUCAUAUUGGAUCAGAACGACAAUUCUCCAAUCGUUAUUUAUCCCUCUGCUGGCAUGGGAUCUGUCUCCAAUCAGAAUAUACCCAGAUCUGCUAAAGCAGGACACUUGGUUACCAAGGUAACAGCAGUGGACGCUGAUUCGGGCCACAACGCCUGGAUUUCUUAUAAGUUGGUGGAGGCUACAGAUGCCUCUUUGUUUAGUAUGAAUCUUUAUACAGGGGAGGUCCGGACUAAACGUACAAUUUCAGAUCAGGAUGAUUCCUCUCACAGAUUGCUGAUAGAGAUCAAGGACAAUGGUGAGCCAAUCCAGUCUACCACGGUGACAGUUGGCGUAUCGUUAGAAGACGGAAUUCACGAGCCUGUCUUGGAUUACCGACAAAGAGCACACGAACCGGGCAAGAAACAUGGGGAAAUCACCUUUUAUUUGAUCAUCGCACUGGCGUCGAUUUCUGCCGUAUCUUUGUUGACGUUUGUAAUACUGACAGUAAAGUGCGUCCGAAGCGGCAGAAGGCGUACAUGUUGCUGUAUGCGUCGGGGCGACCCAGAGCAGCACAAGAACAGAAACCUGCACAUCCAGCUGAACACUGACGGUCCUAUUAAGUACGUGGAGGUCCUGGGAGGGGACAUGUUGUCUCAGAGGCAGUCCUUCAAG